UGGUGGUUUCUGCCUCCAAUCAAUUAGGAGAUGCCUCUUCCCAGCCACUCACCUUCAUGUUGGUAGACAUAGUGAAGCCACAUCCUCCUGACUUUUUGGUGGAAUUUGAUGAUUCUUCUGCCACCAGCUGCAGCCUUUCCUGGCACCAUGAGGCACAAGCACAGCACUACAGGCUGAGGUAUCGCCCCCUCAGCAGCAGCACCUGGAGCACGGUGGAAAUCUUCAGCAGGGAGAAAUAUCAUCUCCAGGGGCUGGAGCCUGACACAGCCUACGAGUUCCAGGUGAGCUGCAGGAUCCUGCCUGGCCGGGGGCUGUGGAGUGACUGGAGCAGCACCCAGAGCCAAACUCCAGCAGCAGUGCCAGCUGGGAUCCUGGAUGUCUGGUACCGGCAGCAGGACCUGGGCCCUGGGCACCAGAACCUCUCCCUUUUUUGGAAGGCCCUGAGCAGGUCAGAGGCAGGAGGGAGAAUCCUGGGAUACACGGUGACCUUGGAAGCCCUGGGCCAGGGGAAGCUCCCGGCACAAUCCCACCGGACCAGCCAGACCAGCUUCUCCAGGGUGACCCCCAGGGUGGCCCUCAGGGUGACAGUGACUGCCCAGGGUCCCCGGGGCAGCUCCCGUCCUGCAGCCAUCCUCAUCCUGCCGGGCAGCCCGGGUAAGGCUCCCGCUGCCCCGGCAUUCCCGGGAUCCUGCUCCGCUUCCCGCUCAGGGUUCUGCCCUCUGCGCUCCUCCCUGUGGAUCUUUGGAUCCGCUUUUCCCUCUGGCUCUUUCCAGUGUCUGGGCCCAGCUCUCCCAGCCCUUGGAAUAUCCCUGUAGUUCCUCUGGGAUCACCACAGCAGCCCCACAUCAUUCCUGGUGCUCCCAUCGGGGCAGGGGGUUUGGGAUGGCACAGCUGAGCCGUGCUGUGGGUGCCCAAUCCAUGAGAAAAGAUGGGAAUGUGAUGUUCCCGACAGCAGCCCCCUCUCCCUCCCUUCUGUGUAAUUCCAAUUAAUUUUUACCCCCCGUGGCACAACCCAGGCGGGGAUGGCGGCGCUCGGCUGCGGGUCGUGAUACCUGGGUGGGUUUUGUUGUCCCCUGGAAGAUCUGCCCCCUCCCCAGCAAGUGUCCAGCGUUGCCCUGGGCAACAGCAGCAUCCUGGUGACCUGGAGUCCCCCUGUCACCCCCACCCUGCCCGUCGGGGGGUACCUGCUGGAAUGGGCCGAGCCCUGGAGGGAUCCGCACCUGCAGCCCCGGAACGCCUGGAGGAAACUGCCCCCGAGCCGGCUCUCCACCGUGCUGGCAGGUAAAUGUCACCUGCAAUGACAGGUAA